GCGCUGUAGCGAGAGGAGUUAGCCGCCGAGGUGAGCGACGGCCGAGGAGUAAGCUUAUCCAGUGUGGUGGGCGCCCCGGCAGGACGGACGCGGUGCCCUCGCCGCAGGAGGCCGCCGAGAAACUGAAAUCUGACCUCGGCCCAGGGGUGAGGCAGAAGCCUGAAAAAUCAGCCUGUUUCAGAGACGAUGACGGAGGAGCUGGACCUCGCGGGACAGGACUCCGACGCUGGGAGUGAGGAGGUGGUGCUGACGCCCGCAGAGCUCAUUGAGAGGCUGGAACAGGCCUGGAUGAAUGAAAAGUUUGCCCCCGAACUGCUAGAAAGCAAACCUGAAAUUGUAGAAUGUGUUGUGGAGCAGCUAGAUCAUAUGGAAGAAAAUCUGAAACGAGCUAGAAAGGAGGAUCUGAAGAUCAGUAUCCAUCGCAUGGAGAUGGAGAGGAUCCGCUAUGUCCUCAGCAGCUACUUGCGGUGUCGACUCACGAAGAUAGAGAAGUUUUUCCCUCAUGUCCUUGAGAAAGAGAAAACACGCCCUGAGGGGGAGCCUUCCAGCCUCUCUCCAGAGGAGUUUGCCUUUGCCAAGGAGUACAUGGCUCACAUAGAGACCUAUCUGAAGAAUGUCGCCCUGAAGCAUAUGCCUCCAAACUUACAAAAGGUGGACCUCCAGAGGGCAGUUCCCAAACCAGACCUAGAUUCCUAUGUAUUUCUGAGAGUGAAAGAACGACAAGAAAACAUACUGGUGGAGCCUGAAGCAGAUGAGCAGAAGGACUAUGUGAUUGACUUGGAGGAGGGCUCUCAGCACCUGAUCCGAUACAGAACCAUUGCACCUCUCGUUGCUUCUGGAGCUGUACAGCUAAUUUGAAACAAGAAAUAAACAAGUGCAAUGACAUGGAGUCAGAGGAAGCAUCAGAAGCCCUUCCUCUCGCUUGGGGCCUAAGAACAAUAAUGGAGCUGUUCUCCGGGCAGCAGACGGCUCGCUGUGCAUCUGGUGGGCACUGGAAAGGAAUCACAGCGGGACUCCAAACUGCCAUAGACAAGCACUGCCUCCUCUUCCUGCCAACUCAGCCAGUGUCGGCAGAGGGGCCACUGCUCUGUUCAUGCUGCACACCAGGCAAAUAAAGAUUCUUACUCUGCA